UUGGGCAAUGCUGCUGGUGGUGGCCACCUUGAAGUUGUACAAUGGCUGUUCGAAAAUACCGGUACAAGUGAAGGGCGUACCAAGAACGCAUUGCACAAUGCUGCAAUUAACGGACAUCUAGAGGUGGUGCAGUGGCUGCACGCCCAUGGAUUGGAGGGUUGUGGACAGGAAACAAUGCGCUUGGCAGCAGCGUUUAAGCGCUUAGAUGUGAUGAAGUGGCUACACAAAAACCUACCAGGCGGAUUUACGUGUACUGUCGAGAUGGUCCAGGAUGCUACGCUGAAUGGUCCGCUGCGUAUUGCGUCCUGGCUCCAU